AUGCCAAACACGGAUAACGAUAAUGUCAGCCCAGAAAUAAGACAAGCACGAAGAAAAAUGAAAAAUAGAAAAGCAGUUGGACCGGACAGCACACCAGCGGAAGUGUGGAAGUGCCUAGGGAAUACUGGAUUAGAACUUUUAACAGGUUGGCUCAACAACAUUAUUGAUACAGAGACUAUGCCGGAUGAGUACAGAGAUAGUAUACAAAUGCCAAUAUACAAAAAUAAAGGUGACAUACAAGAUUGUGGGAACUAUAGAGGAAUAAAGCUCAUGUCACACACAAUGAAGAUAUGGGAAAGAAUCAUACACAGAAGAUUGAGGAACGUAGUGAACAUCUGUGAGGAACAGGUUGGAUUUAUGCCAAACCUAGAGAAAGGAAUUGUGAAGUGCCUGAACCUGAAAGGAAUAACAGAAAAGUAUGUGAAAUUGAUACAAGACAUGUGCAGAGGAGCAUACACACUAGUAAGGAGCACAAUACGAACCAGUGUAAAGUUUGAAAUUACCGUAGGAGUACACCAGGGGUCAGCGCUAUACCCACUCCUGUUUGCCACUGUCAUGAGUUGCCUGACAAAAGUUGUGAGAAGAGAAGUGCCAUGGGACAUAAUGUAUGCAGACAAUGUAGCUCUAAGCACAGGUGGAAGAAAAAGUAAAAGGCAAGAUUCACAAUGUAAUGGUGACACCAGCAAUUCUGUAUGGACUGGAAGCAACAUCCUUGACCAAAGCACAGGGAAAAAAACUGGAGGUGGCAGAGAUGAAAAUGCUGAGAUAGGGUCUAGGUCUAACAAGAAGGGAUAUGAUCAGGAAAAGGGUGGGAGUGAAAGGAUUACACAACCAACUUAG